AUGGCCUCCGAGAUGGCUAAGAUUGCCUGCAAGAUGGCCUCAAGACAGCCCCGCAGCCUUUUUGAUUCAAGCUAUCUUGACUCAGGGGUUCCUGGAAUCGGCAACCCCUCGCCGCCCUGCGCGCGCCAUGGACCCUCCCGCCGCCACCGUGGCGUCCUCCGUGCUGGCGCUGGGGCUGGCGCCCUGCGCGCCUCGUGCCCUGGCCCUGGAUCUCACCGUGACGCCCGCAGGCCGCGGCCCUGCCGGCGCAUCCGAGGCGGCGCCGUGCUGCCAGGACCACCCGACUCACCAGCUGACGGCGCGCGCGGCGCCUCCGCAGCAGGGCCCUGGCGGCAGAGCGAGGCGCCGGCCCUCCAGCGCUUCCGGGGCCACGUCCUCCGGGGCCUGGCCGCCGUGCGCCAGCAGGGGCGCUGCCCCGCGACGGAGUCGCUGCUGUUUCCGGGCCUGACCGUGGCGAGCCCGCGGCGCUCGGGAGGCAGCCGCCCAGGCGGCGGCGGGAAGGUGACGCCCAGGGGCACGGCGAUUUCCACCACCAUGGCCUCCGACGAGUGGGCCGGGGCUGGGGGUCUGGACGGCGGAUGGUACCAGCAGGGGGACGCACGCUGCCCGUAG